AGUCAUACAUAUUUAACGUCCUUCAACAAACCAAAAUACAAUUGCGACGAUAGUCCCCAGGUUUAGAUCUUCACAUUUAUAGCCCUUCACACCUGACAACUCGCGAUGGCCAGACGCGCAGGAGGUGCUGACAAUGACCGCUGGCAAGCACCAUUUGAUUGGAGAGAUUUCCCAUUUGAGGAAGUGAAAAUCCUUAUAUUCGGGAAGCAAAAACAAGGCAAGAGCUCACUGGGAAAUCUUAUCCUUGGAGACAAGUUACUAGAUGUGAUACCCGAACCAGGCCAAGCUGCCGAUCCUUGGUCUUGUGCGUGUAACACUUUUGAUGGCAAACAAAUCACCGUAGUCGACAUUCCUGGUCAUAUACCUAAGGCAGUGGAGAUUAUGUUCUCCAGAAAACCGCUAUUUCCGGGUCCGCACGCGUUACUGUUUGUGAUCGACGGAACUGCAAGUUUUACCAAACAAGACAAAGAAUAUUUUGAGGGAUUUUUGAACAAUUUUGAUAAUGAUGUUACCAAACAUAUUAUUCCAGUCAUAACCCACUUUGAUCAAAUUGAAAAUAAUGAAGAAACCUACAUUCAGGAUAUUGUUAACAACAACAGGUAUUUGAAAGCCGUUUUCCGUGCGUGUGACCAGAGGUACGUCCUGAUCGACAGUUCUCCGCAAAGGUCACAUGAGGACGGGCAAAGGAUAAAGCAACAGCAGCGUCUGGUCCUGAACGCUGUGAGCAGCUUGGUGAGGACACGAAAAACAGUGUUUAUCAGCGAACAAAUGGUCGACAAGAUAAGCAAACAGAAUGACCAAAAGCGCUUAACACGUCUUGUAACAGACCUCAUACAGGCAGACAAACAAAUGCUGUUGAAGUAUUCGAAGAAACAUGGAGGGACACUACCUAGAGAAAUCCGUGAUCUUCUACAGAAUAUCCCAUCCAAGGAGAUGCAGGUAAAUUAUCGCGUAUUGCGAAAGGUUACGGGAAUGCUGAAUCAGCGACAUGAUGCCGUUGCCUUGGAUACGGAGAUGGAUGAUGUGGCCACCGUUAUCACUCAGCAUACCGACCUUUUGAUGAAAUACGAUACGACCUCCACCUUGACCGUAGACAAUGCCUCUACCAUUGACAUUGGGACAGUCGCGGCUAUUGUCGGCGGUGUUGUUGUUGUUGCUGCAAUUCUCCUCGGUAAUAAGGCACUUUAACAAUGAGAACAAACUAUCACUUGACUUAGCAGGCAAAACAGCUACUAAUGGUCCUUGCAGAACGCAAAUAUGUGUAAGGCAGUUACUUAAUUGCCCUAUGACAAUAUCAGUCUAACAAAUUUGGAAUUGUUUGUGGCAUCUAACAUAAUUUUGUCAAAAUACCCUAAUUUUUAAUUUUAACAUUUAUCAUCGGUCCACUUAAAACGAAAAUAUUUACAACAUGACAAUGUUGUAAAAGUGCAAUAAAAAUAAUUCGAGUACGUUGAUCAGUAA